GUGCCCGCGCCGUGCCGUGCUGUGCCGUGCUCUGCUGUGCUGUACGCUGUGCUGUGCUGUGCUGUGCUGAGCUGUGUGCUGUGUGCUGUGUGCCGGGCUUUGCUCAUCAACUUUUCGUGCCUGCUUGCUUGCUUGCUGAACUGAACACCAACCGCACGCCGCCACGGUCGCCUUGCUUUCCCGCUGUUGCUUGCAUACCACCACGCUCGUUUUGCCCACGAGCCCUGAACGAGUCCUAACCGAGCCUCGACGACGACGACGAAGACGACGCCGCCGGCACCGACGACGACGAGCCGACCGCCGUACGCUUGUUGUUCACCACCCGACUCCACCACCCGCGCACCCACGCAACGCUUUUGCGCGACUCCCGACAACCCUUGGGCGCAGUGACGCGGCUUCACAAUACACCACGACUUUCGCACCGCGAAGCGCCGCAGAAGCUGCAGAAUCAAUACAAGUCACAACCGCCCGUCUACGGCCACCAGAUAGUCUGGCGUGCCUUACUACAUCACCGCUACAAUGCCUCCGACGACGCCGCGCUUGCGGAUUCUAUCAGUUGGCGGCAAUGCGGUCUCUGCCUUUCUCUCCUGGCGCUUGUCAGCAACACAGGCGUGCGACGUCACUCUAGUUUGGAAGAAUGGCUUCGAGCAAGUGUAUCAAUACGGAAUAUCAUUCAAAUCUGACCGGUUUGGCAACGAACGAUUCAAGCCAAGACAUGUGGUGAAAUCGCCCGAAGAUGCUGCCGGCGCCUCACGAGCCUCCUUUGACUAUGUCUUGCUUUGCGUCAAGGCGCUGCCCGAUGUAUAUGACCUGGCCUCCGUGAUCGAGUCGGUCGUGUCGCCCCAGCAUACCUGCAUCAUCGUCAACACUACACACACCCUUGGCAUCGAGUCGUAUCUGGAGCAGCGUUUUCCGACCAACGUGGUGUUGUCACUCGUGUCCGGCGUGUCAAUCGCACAGCUGGGCGCCAGCGAGUUCGAGCAUAAAGGGUCAACGGAGCUGCAUGUCGGCGCUGCGAACAAGAACCCAUCAAUACCCGCAUCGAUACAGACGGACAUGGCAGAAGCGCUGUCGAUGACACUCAAGUCUGGUCAGGUGGAUUGCGAGGUCUCCCAUAAUAUUCGUCAACAGCAGUACGAACGGAUGAUCGGACCAAUCGCCUUUCAUCCUGCCAGCGUGCUUUUCGAGACGCCCUCUCAUGCAGCGCUUCUCGAGAAGACGGGAGCGCGGGCUCUCAUCGCUGGAGUGGUUGACGAACUCAUCACUGUCGCACGUAAACAAGGCUGCGACUUCAAGCCCGAUUUCCGUGAAUACACUAUGGAGCAGAUGAUCUUGCCAGUGGAGACGAACAGUAUCAUGUAUCAGGAUUUUACAGCCAGGCGACCCAUGGAAGUGGAGACCUACUUGGGCUCACCUAUAAAGCUAGCGCAGGAGGUCGGUGUCCAGGUCCCACGCAUCGAGACGCUGUACGCUCUUCUUCACAACUUCAACAUUGUCAACCAGAGCAAACCUGUCGGUCCACCCUCUCCAUCAGCACAGCCGACUCCACGCAUGUCUUCCGCGCCGAUCGUCCCUCCCAACCAUGGAUACGGCAAUGGAAGACCACCGCCACCAGCGAUGAACGGCAGACCCAUGAUGCCCAAUGGCAUGCGGCCGGCGAGUCGAGCUCCGAGUGCCAAUGGCGGACCACCUGCGGCGCGAAGAGGACCACCUUCAAUCGGUGGUUACCCUCCGCAUGGCAGGAUGAAUGGCAAUGGAUAUGCACCUCCUCGAGGACCUCCAAUGCAGAGACGUCCAUCAUUCGAUGGCAACGACUUGGAAGAAUUCAGCCAUCUGAUGCUGUACGACAACGUGGCCGAGGAUGGCGUGUAUGACAAUGGGCUACCUCUGUCCGCAUCGGGUGACCUGGCUUUGCGAGAGCGUGAACUAGCUCUCCGACAGAAAGAGCUUGCAAUGCGGGAACGAGAAUACCACAUGCGACGUGCGCCUGGUAGAGGUCCCCCUCCGCCUCGCCGGCCACAAGAUUACGACGACGAGGACGACGAAGAUGGCCUGGACUUCUUCGAUCCGAUGGCAGCUGGAGCAGCGCCUGUUGCUGACGUUGACAAUCUCGACAUGAUGAGCGUCACUUCUAGGAGAACACGAAAGGCACCAAGCGCAAGCCAACUGCGCACCAAUCCUGAGCAGUUAAGUGGAGUGCCUAAUGCCGCUGUACGACACAGUCGCAACAUGAUGCGACGACCUGGCCCGGGAGCUCGUGCUCGAACGAGUGCCGCCAUCAUGGCCGAUAUGCCAGGCUUGCGCGAGGAACUGAUGAAUAACCCGCUCAUGGGCUACUCAUCAGACAGAUUUGGCAGCGUUGACAGAAUGAACAUGGGCCACGAGUCAAGGGCCAACUCGCUAACAGCAGAGCGAUUGAAUGAAUCUCAAAUGAAUGGCGGUAUGAUUGCACCGCACCCGCAGCAUAAUGGGUAUCCCAUGAACAGACGUGGCAGUCAAUCACCAGGCAAUCCAUUGGGUCCCAGCCAGAGACCGCCGCCGGGACGCCCAUCGCCCCCCAAUGGCUACGGGCCACCACCACCCGAUCGCAAUGGUCGUCCGAGCCCGCCCGGAAUGAGACAGCCAGUGCCCCGACAUCCACCUGGUCAUGGGAACGCCGUCGCGCCACAACAAAUUGAGCAACAAACAGGGCGCGGGGAGUGGUGAUAGCAACCGCUCGGCGCCUAUAGAUUCCGAACCCUCUGCGCACAGCUCCAGCAGUAGUCUGGGCCCAAGACUGCAAGUUGGGGUCCGGUGAAGGCGUGAAGGCGCCGUCUAGACAGAUCUUCCACCUCGCGAAGCACUGGACGUGGCACCAACGCGGCCUUCAUCGCACAUCUGUGCCCACAAUUGCGUGUGCCCUCGCAAUAAACUGAUGGCAUCUUUUGAGUUGCGCAACCACGGUUUCGCGUGUCGUCGAUCUCUCAUCGCCAUUCGCGGCAUUUCUAUGUUAUCACAUCUCGCAGUCCGAGGACGACCAAGAAUGUGACACAUUCAUAAUGGACGUAAUAUAGACUUUUUUGGCGGAUAUCUGCCUUUCAGCACUUUUUGCAUACGGCCACAUCGUACAUACAUCGGCAUCGAAGGACUAUCGAGGACAAAGUCGAGCCUCAAUAAUUUGCAUCACGGGCGUUUUGGGGGACGUUGGGAGCGUUCGAGAGAGAAGACAGUCAUCCACGCAGCUCAGCUUCUCUCGCCUAUCUUUUCUCCUUCUGCCUGCCUGCCAGCCAGUGAUAGGGUGAUGAGUGUUGUUGUACCUGUUGCACAAUACCUAGCUGGCGGGAGCGGGAAGUUGAAUUCUGUUCUUUGCGCUUUUGGCCAAUCACGAAGCAUUUGGAUCGAAGCGGCAAGAUUGUCGGACACGUGGGCGCAGGAUGAGUGCGUGGCACUGGCUGGAGGGGACCGCAAUGUAUCGGUAUUGUCUAAACAAGCCCUGAUGAGAAGUUUCGUGGUAUGACAGCAGCAGAGACAUGCAUACCGCGCGAUGCAUGUGCUGGUCGGUAGUCGAUUAGGGGGGGGGGGGGGAACAUAUGAGACGAGCUUCAUUGCACUGAAUUUCAAG